UGGAGGACUGCGGUGGGCAGCAGGAAAAGGGGGUGGCAUUAGCGGCCAGGCAAGGAUUUGGAAAAGAGCACCCAGAAGCCAGGAGGCAUGAAGACCUCUAAUGCACAGGAGGCCGAAAGGCAGCAAGCCAGGGCAGCUGCAGGAAGGGCAACUGGCCUUGUGAAGUUGACCAAGACAAAAGCUGCUCAGAAGAGACAAAGGGGCAGACCCUCGAGCCAGCCCCACAGGAACCUCGUGGGCUGCAGGAUUUCUCAUGGAUGGAAGGAAGGAGACGAACCCAUCACCCAAUGGAAAGGAACCGUACUGGAUCAGGUGCCUAUACACCCCUGUCUUUACCUGGUGAAAUAUGAUGGAAUUGACUGUGUCUAUGGACUGGAACUUCACAGAGAUGAAAGGGUUUUGUCCCUUAAAAUUCUUUCCCAUAGGGUGGCAUCAUCACAAGUUUGUGAUGCCAGUCUCGCAGACACCAUAAUUGGCAAAGCAGUGGAACAUAUGUUUGAGGGUGAGCAUGGUUCUAAGGAUGAAUGGAGGGGGAUGGUCCUUGCCCAAGCGCCUAUCAUGAAGGCCUGGUUUUAUAUUACCUAUGAGAAAGACCCUGUGCUGUACAUGUACCAGCUUCUAGAUGAUUAUAAAGAAGGGGACCUCCGUAUCAUGCCACAGUCCAGUGAGCCUCCUCCGGCAGACAGAGAGCCAGAAGGAGUAAUAGAUGGCCUGAUAGGUAAACAUGUGGAAUAUACCAAAGAAGAUGGCUCCAAAAGGAUUGGCAUGGUCAUUCACCAGGUGGAAGCAAAACCCUCUGUGUAUUUCAUUAAGUUUGAUGAUGAUUUCCAUAUCUAUGUCUAUGAUUUGGUGAGACAGUCCUAAACAUUAGAAGGAACUUUGCCACAAGCUGUGCAAAUAAAGGCAUAAUUUGUAGACAUGCAAAAAACUGCUGCCUUUCAGUGUAUGGAAAGUCUGAGGGUCCCUGAUAACACAGCUUCUCUGCCAGCAUAACAGUGGGUUGUUCUCAUAGGCACAAGGUUAUUGGGCAUGGUAUGCUGUGUGGAAGUCCUUUUGGAAAAGAUUGGGUGUGUUUGGUGGGUGGAGCAAGAAAGGAUGGAGCAGCUGUCAAUUCCUCCUGAGGGGAAAAAUGCAACUACUAUCAUAAUCAGCCAUCUAUAAGUGGAAUGGGACUUAACUGGUUAGGUCUGAGGGGAGGGGAAGGAA